AUGGUUAUGCCCCUCGCGGCUGCGAAGCCAACCGUACAUCAAAAUGAUGCCGUCUCACCUGUGCAGGCGAGGGACGCAACCUGCGCCAUCAACGGGUACGACAAAGGCACACCCGCGUCCUUCUUCACCAGCAACACCCCCGCCGAUGUGACCUCGAGCGGCUGCGCGGCUCUCUGCGCAACCAAACAGGGCUGCGUCUCAUUCGCGUACGGUGGAGGAAGCUGCCUGCUGUACGCCGCCGCUGUCGCCGGCAACAUCAACGCCAGCCCGGGCAGUGCCUAUGUGUUCAAUGAUCUGGCCUGUGUCAGCGGCGCUGCCACGACAGACUCGCCCUCUUCAAACAGUAAUGCCCCGCCGUCAGGCGCUGCUCAGCUCCCUGGAGCCACCUGGACUACCACGGUGACGCAGACACCCUCUUGUGCGCAGGUCACUGCCACUACCACUACCACCACGACUACCACCAUCCCUGCCAGUACCGUGACACAGACUCUCCCUGCUGGCACGGUCACAGAGACUCUACCAGCCGUCACGAAGUCAGUUACGGUAACACAGACCGUGCCGGCCGUCACGGCGACAUCGACAUUGACGCUCCCGGCUGUCACCAAGUCGGCCACCCUGACGCUCCCCGCUGUCACUUCCACCAAGACUGUCACUGCGACGAUUACUGUUAAGUGUCUCGCAUUCGGAAUCCUUUGCACUACAUCUACUUCCUAA